AUGCUUGCUGUUCACUGGGGCAUGACAGGUGUGUCGUCCGUGUCUCAGCGACAUGAGGGUUUUCGUCCACGCACUACGACACGCAGUGCCAUCACAGGCGAGUCGGAAGAAGUAUUUGAAAACUGGCGUCGCGAUGCACGCUUCUUUUCUUGCUUGCCUAUUACGAUCCUGUUUAUUGUUCUGCUUCUCUGCACCAUGUCUGUUUUGUUCUUGAUUGAGAUUGUUGUGACUGAGGUAUACGAUGGCCCAGGAAAGUCAUUUGUCCCGCUCAUCCCUACUGUUCUGUUUUCGACUUGCAUUCCAAUCAUCCAGUCGGCCUGGCGUGCGGCUGCGCAGGCUAUGACAGACUUUGAGAACCAUGCGACGGCGAACAAAUUUCGAGCGAGUCUCACGUUUAAAAUUUUUGGCAUGCAAUCUGUUGUCACAUACGGCAUUCUUGCUUUGACAGCCUACAUCUACAUUCCUUUUGGCGAGUUCUUAAUCAAUCAGCUGUACCAGAAAGGGUAUUUGACGAGAUUAUUUUCCAUCGUAUCAAAUGGCACGUACGGACACAAGGGCAGCACGAUGAACUUCCGCGUAAGUCCAAAUCGUCUUCAUGCACAGCUGUUUGCCAUGUGUGUGACAGAGCAGAUCACAGACACGGCGUCCGAGGUGCUGUUGCCCAUGGUGAUACGUUACUUCGACAGGCUUAUGAAGCGCUUCCGGAGACCUGCUAGUGUGAAGGCUCGGCGUGCUGAAUUCGCCAAAACCAAUCCGGACCAAGAAUUUCUGGAGCGCGUACAGAAUGAAUUCGAUUUGGAUGUGUAUGAUGAGUUUACGGAUUAUGCCGAGAUGGCAACGCAGUUGGGUGUGAUUGUUCUUUGGUCGGUGCUAUGGCCUCUUGCUCCUGUGAUGGGCCUCGUUAACAACUUUUUUGAGCUGCGUUCUGACGCGUACAAGCUUGUGAUCAACAUGCGUCGACCUUUUCCACGCCGUGUCGAGUCGAUCGGCAGUUGGAUGAGUGUGUUAUCCAUUCUUGUGCAGCUCUCUGUAUUUACCAAUGCAUCUAUGCUCUUCAUGUUUGAUGCACUCAAGCCAAACAGCAAGAAUCCCUUCCGACCCAGAGAUGCGAGUAUUUCGCAUCGAAUCCGACUCUGGAUCGUUUCGUUUACUUUUGCCCUCAUGUGCAACCAAUUGUACUCCCUGAUCCAUUCGCUCAUCCGUCACAUUAUCGAGCGUUCAAUGUGGGCAAACUGUGAUGAAGACAUCUCGAUUCGCCGGCGACUACAUAUGAACCGCGUGGCUCUGAUCAAGCGUUUCGAACAUGCGGCCUCGCCUCGCGAACUUGAAACAUUGUCGUCAUCCGAGCCGGCAUCCUACGAUCCGUUUUGGGAUCUUUCAUCUGAUACAGGCAUUUCUUACAUUCGUAAUGCUUCAAAGGAAGCGUAG